AUGACGUCCAUCAAAGGUCCCGGAGCUGCCCAGAGCUUCGAUGGCUCGGACUUGCGCAUUGCUAUCGUUCACGCACGAUGGAACACUACCAUCAUCGAUCAGCUUGUGGCGGGUGCGAAGAAGAGCUUGUUUGCUGCAGGCGUGACCGAAGACAAUAUCACGAUUGAGACGGUUCCUGGCAGUUACGAAUUGCCCAUUGGUGUUCAGCGGUUGUAUGCGGCCUCCCAAGUCCAAGCCAGUUCGACCGGCGAGGGCAUCAGUGCCACCGACCUCCUCUCAUCUUCCACGAUCGACUUGAGCAAGUCGACGACCUCAAGCGCCCCGAAAAAACCCUUCGACGCCAUCAUUGCUAUCGGAGUUUUAAUCAAGGGCGCCACAAUGCACUUCGAGUAUAUCGCUGACGCUGUCAGCCACGGUUUGAUGCGGGUUCAGUUGGAUUCGGGCGUGCCUGUAAUCUUUGGGCUGCUCACCGUUCUCACUGAGGAGCAAGGCCUGGAGAGGGCUGGGCUGGGCAAGAACGGCAUGCAUAACCACGGUGAAGAUUGGGGUAGUGCUGCCGUGGAGCUCGGUGUAAAGCGACGAGACUGGUCGGAGGGAAAGAUUGUGUAA